AUGGGUUUGAAAAACCCGACUGUCUUGGCGUACGCCAGUUUCUCGGCAAGUGACGGGACGCGCUAUGAGGCUUCCUCGCCCCUAUCGCUGUUUUUUGAGGCUGCGGCCUACGGGCGGGUGUGCGAGCGAAGUGGAUUCUGUUCAAAUGGAAAAAUCAAAGGCUACAUGGGGUCUCUUGACACCGCUGAGCAAAUUCGCGAGGCUCUGCAGGCAACCCACUUCAAGAAAGAGGUCGUAGUCUUCGCCGACACACGGCUGCCGGACUCCGCCCAGACCUUGUCACGAUUUCGCGACGCUGGCUACACACACGUGCUUGCUGUAAUGGAAAACCCCGCGCAAUGCAACCAGCUGAAGGCACUUUUUUACCCUUCGCCACCCGGGGAAGGCCCCAUCAGCUGUGGGACGUAUGAAACCCAUGACUCCAGCGGCAAUCGUUACCCAGUGCUGUUCAAGUACUUGGCCCGAGGCGUUGGAAUGACUUCUUGGUGGCGCAAGUGGUUCACCGUCGGUCGAGCCGUGGCGUUGGGAUAUAACGUGAUGGCCGUGGACACGGAUGUACUUGUGCUGGAUGACUGGUACUGGCGGGUGAAGCAGCCGCCACUUAGUGACUUCAAUAUGCUCACUCAGAACGAGUGGGGAAUCAGCUUCAACGGCGGCUUUAGCUACAUCCAGAACGCAGCUUCCUCGGGGCCAAUCGCCUGGCUGCUGUUCGAGGCGCUGCAUAGAGCGGUGCGAUGGGCGGAGGACAACUCCGUCAUCGAAGCGACAUCCCCAGCAUACCGGGAGCAGGAUGUGCCCCUGGACGACCAAGGCCUCCUGCAGGAGUGUGUCUUUAGCGCUGUGACGGGGCGCCCGGUCUUUCCCGCCGUGCUGUCUUUCUAUCUUGAAGAUGAAGAUGCUUACCGACGUAUCGGCGUCAACAGGUCCAGGAGCUACCCUGUGACAGCUGAGCUUGGCGAGCUGGUUUGCGAGCGGUACAUGGAGGCGAGUUGUCGCACCAAUGAGAAGGACGCCGUGGAGGUGUCCACCGUCAUGCUCAAGAUGCCCCACAGCGGUGGGCAGUGGCCCAGCGAACUGGGCGGGUAUCCCUUCAACCGGACACCGGGACCUCUCACCGUCGCAUACCGGCAGGCGUACGCAGACCUAGGUGUGAAGCUGUGGCCGGAUCCCGAGGACCCCAACACGGCGGCGGCGGCGAGGGCGACCAAGCCCGAGAGAUUCGGCUACGUGUCGAAAGCAUAUGACGGAGACAAAGGCUGUAGGGGCUGCUGGGCUGAAUCCACGUGGUGGAUGACGGGCCGCCAUGGCUGGUGGCACCGCCAGCUGCAAGGUCAAGUGCCGCGCAAGGUGGCCAUCGGCCACAUCUGGGCUAACCUGUUUGACAGCAAGUUUGCCAAGGAGAUCAUCCUCAUGCAUACUGGCUGGUACAACUGGCGGAUAGCGGCCAGGUUGGCCAAGAGCAGGCCACGGACGUACUUCGCAAACCAGAACUGCUUUGAGGAAUCGCAUCCCGUGCCGGAGGUCCGCACUGUGGUCGCCUACCAGCCAGGCGUCGUACAUGGAGGACUUAGCAAGGAGCAGUACGUGGCGGCUGUACGGGGGCUGGCGCAGGUGGCGGUGGCGUUGGGGGCCAUUGCGGCGUGGCCCGCUGCGUCCUGCGAUAGCGAGUGGGUGCUUAAUAAAGAGGAGGCGCGACAGCAAGGACGGCAAGGGACCGGACAGCAUGCCGUACCCUGGUCUUACCUGGACACGCGCUAUAUCGUACAAGCGUUCGGUGACAGUCUGGAGAAUUUGCAGUGUGAAUGGAUGGCCUUGGCGCACCAUGGUCGGUAG